AUGUCUUGGAACCUGACCAAAAAGCUCAAAGAAACCCACUUGGGCUUCUCGAAAUCAUCGACACCCUCUACCAAGGACAAAGACAAGGCCAAGGAUAAGAGUGGUGCCACCACCCCGUCUGACGUCAACAGCAUCGCCGAUGCGAGAGCCUCCGAGGACCUCACACAGGCGCCCGUAAUAAAGCCCGCGAAACCUGGCAUCCUCGUCCUCACCCUCUACGAAGCCCGCGGCCUCUCCCUCCCCGAAGAAUAUCAAGAUGCCCUGUCAGCGGGCCACUCGACCGGCGCCCACUCUGCCGGAGAUGCGCUGAGUGGCUCUACGCGCACGGGGGCAUCUACUCGAAACGCCUCUGCCUUUUCUGGCAGCCUCGACAGGCCGCAGACGUCCUCCGGGUCGGGCUUCAAGGGCAUCCCGACCAACCACGGCCGUGUGUCGGGCAAGUACAUGCCGUACGCUCUGGUGGAUUUCGACAAGAACCAGGUCUUCAUCAACUCUGUUGAUGGAAACCCCGAGAACCCUGUCUGGGCUGGUUCCAAUACCCAGUACAAGUUUGACGUGUCCCGUGUUGGCGAAUUGACCGUCCAGCUCUUCAUGAGAAACCCGGCGGCUGCUGCAGGCACAGGCAGGACCCAGGACAUUUUCUUGGGAGCCGUCCGCGUGAAUCCCAGAUUUGAAGCCGUUCCCGAUGCCGCGCAAGCGGGCAAAAAGGGCCAGGCCGAGAAACCGCAGCAGGGUCAGGCCUUUAGCGGGCUGGGCUGGUUUGACUUACAAAAUGGAACAGGUAAACUUCAGAUUGGCGUUAAUUUCGUCGAAAACCGCGUCGGCAAGCUCACCAUCGACGACUUUGAUCUCCUCACUCUGGUUGGCAAGGGUAGCUUUGGAAAGGUCAUGCAGGUUCGGAAGAAGGACACCGGCCGCAUCUACGCCAUCAAGACGAUCCGAAAGGCUAAAAUCAUCACUCGGUCCGAAGUGACGCACACGCUCGCGGAACGUUCCGUGCUCGCCCAAAUCAACAACCCGUUCAUCGUUCCGUUAAAGUUCAGCUUCCAGUCUCCCGAAAAGCUCUACUUCGUGCUGGCCUUUGUCAACGGCGGAGAGUUAUUCUUCCAUCUAUCUAAAGAAGGACGCUUCGACAUUAACCGCUCCCGCUUCUACACAGCAGAACUGCUCUGCGCGCUUGAGUGUCUGCACGGCUUCAACGUCAUCUAUCGAGAUUUAAAGCCCGAAAACAUCCUCCUCGAUUACCAGGGCCACAUUGCUCUUUGUGACUUUGGGCUCUGCAAGUUAGAGAUGAAGGAUGAGGAUUCCACUAAUACCUUUGUCGGAACCCCCGAAUACCUAGCACCAGAGCUGCUCAAAGGCGAGGGCUACGGCAAGACAGUCGACUGGUGGACGCUAGGCGUGCUGCUGUACGAGAUGUUAACGGGUCUGCCGCCGUUCUAUGACGAGAACACAAACGAAAUGUAUCGCAAGAUUCUAACGGCCCCUCUCAACUUCCCCGGCUACGAUGUCGUGCCCCCCGCGGCCAGAGACCUCCUGACAAAGCUCCUGGAUCGCAACCCGAACAAGAGAUUGGGAGUCAACGGGUCUACCGAGAUCAAGUCGCACCCGUUUUUCCACGGCAUCGACUGGAAGAAGCUUCUGCAGCGCAAAUACGAACCGACGUUCAAACCCAACGUGGCCAGUGCUUCCGACGUCAGCAACGUCGACGAAAUCUUCAAAAACGAGCCCGCCCAAGACUCCGUGCCCGACGACUUUGUGUUGUCAAAGACGAUGCAGGACCAGUUUGUCAACUUUAGCUACAACAGACCAGUCGCGGGACUAGACGACGCAGGAGGCAGUAUUAAGGAUCCGUCCUUCCUAGAGGCCUCUGAGACGCGGGGACGGAGGUAA